AUGGACCAGACUCAGGACCACGCCCCCCAGCACCCUGCCGCCGAGGCUUCGUCCUCGGCCGGCCUCCACCUCGAGCUCCCGCCCCCGCCCAACCCGUCGGCGGACGCGGGCGUGAUACCGCGCAUCUCGACCCCAGACGAGGAUGCGCCCACGCCGUCCGCCGACGCCGAGUGGGAUCCCUCCACCCUGCGGCCAGAGGCGGCCAUGAAGAUGCUGUGCCGCGCUGUCGUGGCACUCGCAAACGUCACUGGCGACAUUCCCCCUACACCCCCCAUCAGCCGCCCCGGCACCCCGCGAGCCUCGCCGCUGCCCACGCCGUCCGUGAUGCGGUCGCGGAGCAGCUCACGGCCGGCAACCCCGGUGCCGUCCGACGACCUGAAGGCUCCCAGAUUCAGGGGCAUCGACAUGGGCAGCCCCGAAGCACACCACCAUGAGCCCUCGGCGCGCGAUGUCGGGGUGGACGCCGAGCCUGUCCACGUCCAGCAGGUCGCCAUCGCGCGCAAGUUUUACUCGAGGAAACCGCCGCCCAUCACGCUGCUGGACUACCUCAUGCGCCUGCAGCGGUACUGUCCCAUGUCGACAGGAGUAUACCUUGCCGCAGCCUCGUACAUUCACAAGUUGGCGGUGGAGGACAAGAUGGUGCCCGUGACCGGUCGCACAGUGCACAGGCUGCUGCUGGGCACCCUGCGCGUGGCCAUGAAGGCGCUGGAAGACCUGCGGUACCCUCAGGCUCGUUUCGCCGGCGUGGGCGGCGUGCGCGAGAGCGAGUUACAAAAGCUGGAGAUCAGUGUUUGUUAUUUGAUGGAAUUUGAAUUGCAGGUCACGCCCGAGAGCUUAAAACGCAACACGCUGCGGUUGCAGCAGGCCGGGAUGCAGGCAACGCUCUACCACACAAAGGUACCAACUCUCAUGAUGCCGAAACUGCCCGGGGCAGCGCGGACAGAAGUGACGGCAUGA